AUGUUCACGGGAAACGUUACAGGUAGUGCUAAAGCUGAUGCCUACUUGUGGGCAACUGAACAUUUUCUUGAUAGUAAACUUGCAGACGCUACUUACCUCGGUUAUUACAUUGACAAGUGGUGGUCUCAAUCUACUCAAGCAUCACAAGUUUCUUUCGAAAAUUUGGCAGUUAAUCACGACUGGAUCAUCAAAAAUCGUGGAUUUGUAUUUGAUUUAUCACCUUGGAAUGAUGAAGCACCGAAUGAUGAUCCUCAACAACCUAUUGGAACAGAUUGCAAUACACUCAUUACAUUAUUACAGAAAUCAUAUCAGCAACACAAUGGAACGAAGUUUAGCACCGUAAGUGGGUUUGUACCAUGGCUCUUCAAAUAUGUGAAUGAAAAGCAUGGUGGGGUACCAUCUGAGUGGCGUAUGACUCACAUCAUGUCUGCAUUUAAUGUUGUAAUAGAUGCAGAUGCUUGUUGUGUGGACUAUUUCGCUAAUGCUGCCUUCUUUAGUCAUUAUUCAUCAACACAAGGUGAAAAACGCUUUAUUCAAAAUCCUUUACCAUCUCGUGAACAACUUAUUCAACAAAGGUUUUUAAAUGAUCUGAAUAUAGUAUCCCAGAAAACAUACAGUCUAUAUUACGCAGGCGAUUAUGACUCAGCAGCGUGGUUUGCUAAUAAGUUCAAAAACCUCUGGGAUGAUCCCAAACGUGGGUCUGUACCUAUUGCAUGGGCCAUAAAUCCCAAUCUGUAUAACCGCUUUCCAUUAUUACAUCCUUAUUUGUAUCAAACUCGUACAGCUAAUGAUUUCUUUGUCAGUGGAGACUCUGGUUCUGGCUACUUAAACCCUACUCAGUUAUUUGAGCCAAGAAAAUUUUCUAGUUUACCUCGUGCCGAUGAUUUAUGGAUUGAAAGAAACCGAUUCUUUUACAAUAAGUUCAACAUUAAACACACGGGAUUCGUCAUCAAUGGUGAGGCUGGCAUGUUAACCAAUGAUUCUGACUUGAUGUACACUAAAUUCAGUCCUCUUGGAUUUACACGUCAACAAGGUUAUACAACACUUGGAGAAACGGCGCUAAUACCUGGUACAAGGGUGCCUAGUUUCACUGAAACAGAUCUAUCGGACAAAGACGAAGUACAACAAAUACUCUCAUAUUAUAAACCCAAUGAUGUAAGAUUCGUAGUCUUCCGAGGUAUUUUGCGCAGUGCAUCCAACUAUGCAGAUAUUGCUGAAAAAGUUCAACAAAUACAGCCUAAUAUUACUUUCGUUGAUCCAUAUACAUUUGCUCUACUUGCUAGAAUUCAUCUAAGUGGAGAUGCUUCAAAUAAUGAUGACCUUGUUUCUUAUGUUGACGAUAAUCUUCCAAGAUUGGUUAGCAAAGGAGAUAUUAUCACAGUUAAUUUUUCCAUUCGAAAUGAAGGUUGGAAUACAUUGAACAAUCUUCAUUUGAAACUGAUAUUUGCUUGUGAUAUUGAGUAUAUAUUUAGUUGGAGCACUGAAAUCAAACACGGUGAUGUUGGAACAUCUUCUUAUCAGAUUCAAGUUGAAUGUGAUCAACCUGGAGAGUAUAAGGUGAAGUAUCAGCUUUUUAGAGGUAAUACGUCCUUUGAAGAGUUCGGAAAUGUUCCAUGGACCAGUUUAGUGCAAGUGGUUUAA